UUCCUGCUUACGUCCCGGUCGCCCUUCCUGCGUGUGGGCCUGGCGGAGGCGGGGUUUCCGGGCGCGGGCGCCGUCGGGCCUGACGCGACGGCGGCCCUGAGGAUGGCCCCGCGGGGACGCCGGUAGCAGGGGCAGGUCACCAGGCUGCCUUCAGUCCACCUGGCAGGCGGUAAUCCUUCUCCGUGCCCCACUGUGGCAGCAACAUGAGCGAGGUGUCGGUCGUUAAGGAGGGAUGGCUGCACAAGCGAGGGGAAUACAUCAAAACCUGGAGACCCAGGUAUUUCCUCCUCAAAAGUGAUGGCUCUUUCAUUGGAUACAAGGAGAAGCCUGAAGCAGCAGAUCUCGGCGCACCCCCCUUGAACAACUUCUCCGUGGCAGAAUGCCAGCUGAUGAAAGCAGAGCGACCCCGUCCCAACACUUUUAUCAUCCGCUGCUUGCAGUGGACCACGGUCAUUGAACGGACGUUCCAUGUGGACUCCCCAGAGGAAAGGGAGGAGUGGAUCCAGGCAAUUCAGAUGGUGGCCAACAGCUUAAAGAACCAGGAGCCAGAAGAGGAAGACCAGAUGGACUACAAGUGUGGCUCCCCCAGCGACUGUAUGGGGGCUGAGGAAAUGGAAGUGGCUGUGACCAAGUCCAGAACCAAGGCGACCAUGAGUGAUUUUGACUACCUGAAGCUCCUUGGAAAGGGUACUUUUGGGAAGGUUAUCCUUGUACGGGAAAAGGCCACAGGCCGCUACUAUGCCAUGAAGAUUCUGCGCAAGAAGGUCAUAAUUGCCAAGGAUGAAGUGGCCCACACCGUCACGGAGAGCCGAGUGCUGCAGAACACCAGGCACCCCUUUCUUACGGCUCUGAAGUAUGCGUUCCAGACCAACGACCGCCUCUGCUUCGUCAUGGAGUAUGCCAACGGAGGGGAGCUGUUUUUCCACCUCUCGAGAGAGCGCGUCUUCACAGAGGAGCGUGCCCGUUUCUACGGGGCCGAGAUAGUUUCUGCCCUGGAGUAUCUCCACUCUCGGGAUGUCGUUUACCGUGACAUCAAGCUGGAGAACCUCAUGCUGGAUAAAGAUGGACACAUCAAAAUCACAGACUUUGGGCUGUGCAAGGAAGGCAUCACCGAUGGUGCCACCAUGAAGACCUUCUGUGGGACACCGGAAUACCUGGCCCCAGAGGUGCUGGAGGACAAUGAUUACGGGCGGGCCGUGGACUGGUGGGGCCUGGGCGUGGUCAUGUAUGAGAUGAUGUGUGGACGCCUCCCCUUCUACAGUCAGGACCACGAGCGCCUCUUUGAGCUGAUCCUCAUGGAGGAGAUCCGCUUCCCGCGCACCCUCAGUCCCGAAGCCAAGGCCCUGCUGGCUGGUCUGCUCAAGAAGGACCCCAAGCAGAGGCUGGGGGGUGGCCCCAACGAUGCCAAGGAGGUGAUGGAGCACCGGUUCUUUGCCGCCAUUAACUGGCAAGAUGUGGUUCAGAAGAAGCUCGUCCCACCUUUCAAGCCCCAGGUUACAUCUGAAAUCGACACUCGGUACUUUGAUGACGAGUUCACAGCACAGUCCAUCACCAUCACUCCACCCGACCGAUAUGACAGCGUAGACCCCCUGGAUGCAGACCAGAGGACCCACUUCCCUCAGUUCUCCUACUCCGCAAGCAUACGGGAAUAGCGUUGCAGCGCUCCUGUGGUGCACCUGCUAGAGAGGCCGUGGGGCUGGCCAGACACAGAACUCAGAGUGGCAAGGGACCGCCCUGUCUGGCUGAUCCCAGGCUUCCCAGCCUCUGGGGGCCAAGGGGACAACCCUGGGCCCUCGGCCCUUGCGGUCAGGCGGCAGAGGCGGCCUUGCCAUGGCCAGGUGGCUGCAUGGACCAGCUGAGUCACUCUGUGCCCUUGUGUCCCCGCCCCCAAGCCAUCCUCUACAUCUCUGCCUCUGGGCCACAGCUGAGCUUUAUGUGGAAAUUUCUUUGGUGUGCUUUGAUAGCUUCUGAGGGCUGGGCCCUGCUACGGGACCGUUUGGAAAGGAUUGCGCUGGGCGCCGGGUGAAGGAAGGGGAGCAUUUCUUGCUGCCUCCUGAAUGGGCUGCCGCCCUGGGAACAGGAGCCUGGAGUGUGAAGGACCCUGGCACCGUGGUUCGCAAGGAGGGCAGAGCCCCCAGAGUCCGCCCCCCUCGCCCCUGGGAUUUGUUUCUGUGGGACGGUAGCCAGAAGGUGCCCAUUGGGGCUGAUAGCGAGGCAGCCAGUGUCUUACUUACAUUUGGGGGGGGCAGAGAAAGGGCUUCCCCAGUCAUGUAUGUAGAAGCUGCUGUUGUCAGGAACUGAGGCACCCUCCAAAUAGCAGAGGAGGGAGCUCGCCUCCAAGCCCACAUGGGAGCAGCAGCCUUUUCUGAGCCUUCUUCCUGCUGGAUGCCAGCAGCCCAAGGGGGCCUGAAAGCAGCUGCACCCACCUGCCCCAUGAUAGCCUGCCACUGCCAUGUCUAAGGCCCGGGAAUGGCCCUCGCUGGAUGGCGGGGCAAACCUUCGCCUGCCUUGAGUUAUGGAACAAGGUGGGGUCAGGCCUGGCUCCCCCGUCCCUUCGUUCCUCCGCCAGCACCUGGAACGGGGCUGGCCAGGGGCCAUCUUCCUCGUAACCUGGUGGAUCGUCAAGCUCCCUGGCCCGGCCCUGGGGUGCCCUAGCUGUGCUUUCCUCCCUCUUUCGGCUAUGGAAGAAGGCCUCAUCCGUGGCCCAAAUCAUUUGCUUGUCCCCAGCAGUCCCUGCCACUCCCAUUUCUGACCUUGCGGGUAAGGCAAGCCCCUGGGGCCUUUCCUAGUGGCAAACCCUCCUGCAACUGGUGGGCCGUGGAGGAGUCCGUGCCUUUCAUGCCUUGGGGAGGAUGCAAGGCUUGCUGGCCAGGCAGUGUCACAGCCUUUCAGAGUCCCAGGCCUGCAGCAUUUGGGUGCUGGGGAGAGUCUCCUCCCCCCUGUUCCACACCACCCUUUCUCUUCCAGGCCCUGCGCGGAGGAGGCUGGCUUGUUCCUUGGUCCUCCAGGACAACUCUGAAAUAAUUCCCAAGGCAGUUUAUUCUAGGG